UUAUAGGCAUUGACAGGAAGUACCAGACUUGAAUUUCCCAUUGACAACAUUUUCCUGUGCGUGAAAUUCCUGAAGUUUGUGUCCCCAUUGUUUGUUUGUUAGGACCAAGAAAGGAUGGAUAUUUGGCAAAAUAAUAAUAGCCGAAAAAACAAGAGCCGCCAGGACACCGUGUAAGUGCAGGCUGAGACAAGUGAGACCCGAACGGCUUUGGUGGUGGACAUCAUUUUCGCUUCUUUUGCCUGGUUGAGGCAAAGGCAGAGGGAGUGAAACUCCUGAUGUAAAGGAAGGGAAGGUACGGGGGAAGAUAACUAGGAGGAGUUGAGGACGGAGCCGAGCUAACUAGCUGUUAUGUGGCAAAACUCUCAACUACUUCUCCGACAGAGAGAGCAGAAGAGCUGUGUUUUUAUUUGAGAGAAAGUGCCCUGUAGAAGAUGGAGGGAGAGAAGGAGCAACAGCGGGAAGAGAAAGAGAGUAACGAGGCAGAAGACGACAGGAGGAGUGAUGAAGAGGCUGACAAUGACGAGGAGGAGGAUGAAGAUUCGGAGGGCGCGGCGCUGAUUUGGCAGGAGGGCUACGGCGAGGACAGUCUGGGCCUUCCCAUCAUGCACUGGGAGGCGCUAAGCCUGCGCAUCGCCGAGCUGGAGAAACAGGAAGAGGAGAAUAAGGAGAAGAGGGCAAAGAGCGGAGUUUCUCUGGAGCGAGGCAGAGCUCCAGUGAGCUGGGCGGAGGACCGAGGGAGGAGAGCCGAGAGCUGGGAGGACGGAGACGACGCCUGCAACAGCCACGUUCUGGCACUCACCUCCCGCCUGCAGACCCAGAUGAAUCUUCAGCUCUGCUUCAUCAACGACAGUGAAAGUGAAGAGGAGGAGGACGAGAAGCAGGGAGAGACCAGUCAGAAGGAAAGCAGCACCACACGGAGAGGGAGCGUUCAGGUCCAUAAGAACCCUCCGCCUGCUGCCAAGCCGGAGAAACCCAAAUCAAGAGGCUUCCGGAACACUCUGAGGAACCUCAGAGACCGGCUGAGAACAGACCACAAAACACUGGCUGCAGCUCGUAGUGACCCUGUAGUCCAGAGACGACACGUGGAGCGCAGUGAUUUACAAAACUUCAGCAUUAAGGACCUGAAAGCUCUCUGCACGUCUCUCAGCCAGACCAUCCAAGACCUGAGCUCAGACCUGGUGGGCCGCCUGCAGGUGCGAGACCAGCUGAGGACGGAGCAGGACGCCAUGCUGCUGGAGGUUCAGGAUCUGACAUCGCUGUGAGUCUGAAGUUCAGCCGUGGAGCCUGUGGCUCUGUCCCACAAAACAUUUGAACAAGUGUCAAGUCUGUGAACAUUGUCGUAAGUCAGACAGUGCCACAGUGGCCUCCACAAACAUCUCAGUCAGUCCCUCUUGCAGUCGGGGCUGACCAGCCAAUCACUGUGAAGACUGUCCCUCCCUGGAAAGGACCUUGACAUUCAAGUGCUUAGUAUUUUUCAAUGUUAUUGUCUAUGUUGUGUAUUUAUAAGGGAAAUGUUGUCUCACUAAAGGACAGUGUCCACCAGCAGUGGUGUAAAACUCGACAGGAUGUCGGAACCAUACAGUACGGGCAACAACUGAAACUGAUUUGGACACAACACCCAGUGGAUGUUGGCCUUAAAGGAACACACCAGGGUUUCCCCUAUUUGUAUUGCAGGCUUGGUGGCCCACCUGGCCAAAGUUGCCUCCCCCGACCAGGCCUAAACCACUGGGAAUAAUUUUGUAAUGUGUUUUAAAGACCUUUUUUGAACUAGUUAAAGUAGGGCAGUUCGGUUGGAAAAUCUCCAGUAAACUUUAGUGCGUUACUUUUUGAUAUUGAUAAACUUCUGUUAAAUUAAAGCCAUUGCCAAAUCAUUUGCUACAAAGCUAAUUAACACUAUCCGCUCCACACAACUCUCUCUGUAUUUCUCAGUAUGGCUAUGUUCAGAAGAUUGUCGCCCGGUGACAUUCUCACGCAGAAACUUGAGUGAAGAUACCUCUUCUGAAGAGUCCAUCAUGUUUAACUAAUCCUCCGUGUCCUCCUUUGUUACUAGCAACUGCGUGGAGGGGGGGGGGGGCACAAUCUCCAGAGGCUUGCGUCAUAUGGAUGCACAGACAGUGUUGUCAUUACUUAGAAUUCCUCAUUGGGGAGACAAAAACUACGCACUGUAGCUUUUAGCACUAACCUAAUGCAGGGCCCUGUGGUAUCUGUCUUUUAGCUUUUUGAAAUUCUCAAUUCCGCGAUUCUGUCCAUGAUUCUGUUAUCACAGAAACUGUUGGGCUCUACAUUAAUGCUGCCAUCAGCCUGUGACUGGCCCCUGGCCAAACACACUUGCCAUCAGGCUUAACACCUUUUCUGGUGAAAACCCUGCAUGCUGCCUUCUUUUGGGGAAAUAUGCUUGUUUCUCUACUUGCUCUGAGUCAGACGAGAGGAUAAGUACCCAUUUAAACUCCUGCGUGUCCACAGCAGUUUAAGGUCCGGGUGUUAGAAUAAUUUCCUUAUCAAGAAUAGACAGAGACCACUGAAGUUAUAUCAAAGUUCAUUUUUACUUGAAAACACAAGGAGACAGUUUCCACACUACAGAACAGUACAGAAAAUACCUAACUGGAAGCUCUCUACGGCUGCUUAUUUAUACAAAGUGAAUGUUGAUACAAAGUCAUAACAAAGUCUAUGUCAGUUUAUCUCAUUGGGUCUGGGAAUCUCCUCUGUCGGCUCUGCCCCCAGAAACAUCCGGUGCCUUUCACAAGGUCAGACGAUGGCUCAAUGGUUAUCCUGUUUAAAGUGAUCAGUAUAAUAUGGUAUUAUUAUGCAAACAGUUUUAAUAAUAAUCAGAGAACAAGUAUGUUUCAUAAUUUUUCUAACACUGAGUCAUGUUAAAUUCAACUUUGCAGCAAGACUGGAAGACUUACAGUGUUUAGUUCCCACCUUUACACACCACCCUGAAAGCCGUUACACGGUCCAAAACUCCAAUGGGAAAAAAAGGGAAAAGAAUUAUUUUAAUAAAUUUUGCACAUGAAAAAUGUCUGAAUUGUAAACUUCUACAUUUAAUUUAGUUUUUGUAUAUCUGGUCAGUAAUGGAAUCUCUCAGCCAAACUGGAUGAGAGGAUGGUGAGUUUGAGUUUGGAUCAUCAUGUUUUUGUUUGUUUACUUGCCACUCAAUGGCAUUUUCCUGUUACCGUCACUUACAUUUAAAGAGCCCUUAUUAUGCUUUUUUCACGUCUUUUAGUGUGUUAGUUUUUUUGUGUACAGUGUAUAAUUGAUGUAUAAACACAUUUCACUCCAAAUGGAGCUUUCUCUACCACAGACAGCACCUUUUUUCUCAACUUCGUGAAACGUCUCGCCCACAUUCCUGUUUAAAAUUCCUCAAUUAGUGAAUUUACAGAUUGAGAAAGCCAGCCCAGUUUUUCAUAUGUGCUGCCCAUUGGUGCUGCCUGAGCAAGCACUGCGCACCCAGUGGCUUGGUUGUAUUUGAUUGACCAAGCAGAACAGAGUGGGCCAGCUGACCAAUCAGAGCAGAAGGUGGGCCAAGAGCUCAGACGCUCAGACGGGGCUGCAGCAAUGGGCAGUAUGAGAAACCUAUGUUUGUUUAUCAUCAAACCAUGUGAACCUAUUCUAGUAGACCCCGAGUACAAAUAUGACGCUGAAAACAAGCAUAAAAGGGGCUCUUUAACCAUCAGGUUAUUUGUCGUUGCAGUGACCUGAAUCUCCAUCGUAAGCGUCAUUUCCCGCUUCCCAAUCAUUUCAAUUGGAACAGCCGCUCAAUACAUUCUGGUAGCGUUUUGGAAGCGCCGACUUUGGAGAAGCGGGGCGUCUAGUCGCCUGCUCGUCAUUUGCAUAAAGUUGAAUCCAGCCAAACCGCAUGGCCUAUUCCUGGCAUGAAACGUUUUCAGUAACACAUUUCGGUGAACUUUUUU